GGAGUUGAGCUGAGGUGGGGCCAUGUGAGACUGAGCAGCAUUUAGCUCACUUCUCCACACACUGAGCUGGGAUUCUUCCCUCAGACAGUGGAGAUGAGAAAUUGGAGCGAUUCCUCUGGAGGUGGCAGCAGUCUGAAAACCUGAGGUGUCAUUAUGCUGGAUGGCAGCUGGCUCUGUUUCUGUAGGUUAAAGAUAAACCAGGAGAACAGAAUGAAGACUGGAGUUUUUUAGCUGUUGAGUUUUUUUAAGCUUCUGUGAGGUUUUAUUUUUAUUUAUUUUUAUUGACUUUAAAUCUAACUGACACCGUCUGGAAGGACAAUGGAUGUUCUGUCAAACACAGUAAUCAGAGCCCAGGAGCAGUCCCCCUGUGGGCCUGGUUUGGUCCAUGAUUUACCCCACUGCCCUCCAGGAUUCACCCUGAGCUCCUGCUUGAACCCUGGACCGAUGCUGAGCCUCCAGAGUGGUCCGAGGCCCACCAAGGCCCAGAAGGAGCUGAGUGCCGAGGAGCAGCAGGAACUCAGGCGGAAGAUCAACAGCAGAGAGAGAAAGAGGAUGCAGGACUUGAACAUCGCCAUGGACGCUCUGAGGGAGGUCAUGGUCCCCUACGCCUCCUCCCCCUCUGCCUCCUCGCAGUCCCAUCAGCCUGGAGCCCCUCCAGCCAGGAGGCUCUCCAAGAUCUCCACCCUGGUUCUGGCGAGGAACUACAUCCUCCUGCUGGGCUCUUCUCUGCAGGAAAUGCGCCGGCUGCUGGGGGAGGUAAGCGUCGGGAUGGGUGUGAACACGGGGCCGGUUCCUCGGCUGCUGUUCGCAGGAGGGUGGCCCCUCAUGGCCGGACCCGGUCAGCUCCUCCUCACCCACGAGUCCCUCAUGUCCUCAGCAGCUUCAGCAUCUUCCUCUCCCUCCACUUCUCCGCCCUCCUCAGCAGCUAAAUGCGCUCUUGUUUCUCCGGGCCCCAUGGAGGCCUCGCUGGCUCCAGUGCACUGGAGCUCCGCAGGGCCCACAGCGGGGGCCCUCUGCCCCUGUGGGGUCUGCAGACUGCCAAGGUUCAGCCAGUCCAAAGCAGCUCCCAGAUUCCCAAAGUAACAAGAGGAUUUAUAAAGAGAGACUUGAUGUUUGCAACGUUUUAUGUGAAAUAUUUUCUAACAUGUUAACGUUUCUAAUGUCGUACUACAUUACUGACCUGCAUGUUUGUUAAAAACUCUUCUGUAUUUUGAUCUUAUAACAUGGUCUGGAUUGCAAGUUGGGAGUAUUUUGUCUCAGUUUUCUAGACUUUUUGUGUUUUCUCACAAAAUAAAUUCAAACUGUGUGCCUGAUGCUCAUUUUAAAUGAUCAGUGAAUAACAAUGAAAUGUGUUCAAAAAGAACCUGAAAUAAAGCUGAAGGGCUCAGGUCGAACACAAACUGCAACAGUUGAAGAAAAAGAAUACACUGUUAAAGACUUUUUAACAAAAACUUAAAAAUGUAUUAUUGUAUUGCUUUUUUAUGUAUUUUUGAAUACAUGCACUGCCAGUUGCAACUGGACUUGAUAUGAAUUCAACAGGAAAUCCAGGUUUUAGGAUACAUUUUUAUCUGACUGUUCACAAUAAUUAAAUUACUUCAAGUUUGAAAGUGUGAAAAUUCAACAACUGUGUAUAUUAAAGGCAAUAUUUUCUUGCUUGUGCCUUAUUUUGUCUUGUGUCAUUUCAUCAUCUCAUAUUCAACAAAACAGUCGUGACAGCACCAAAAAAAAAAAAAAAAAAAAUCCACAGAACUUAA